UAAAGGUAAGUUAGUCAUUUUGGAUUAUGACUUAGCAGUCAAUAAAUUGUUUUUGUUUUUUUUAGGUUCAAAAAGUUAAAAACAUCAAAUUUAACAUGUCAUUAUGAGUAAAAAUGGAUCUUUGUAGAAUUAUAAAUUGAUGAUGUGUAUCAAAUGCCCAAAGAAAAUGGACUAAAGAUGUCAGAGAAACAUCUCUGUACUUUACAACUCAUUAAAAAUGAAAGGUUCUAUGAAUAUACACCAGUAUGCAAAUUAGACACGCCCCCAUGUCUGUGCGCCAUCACUAAUAUAGCCAAUCCACAGCCACGGAGUGGUGUUGUGACAUCACAAAAUGAGCUGACUGUAUGUAGAUAUGUAGCCCCGCCCAUCAUUUUUUAAAUCUAAAGUAAAGUAAAGAAUUUAAGUAAAGUAAAGAAUUGCAAUCUCUUUUAUAUUUAGUUCCGUUUUAACUCAUGUUACCAAAAGACUCAAAUUUAUGUAAACAGAAUCAGCAACAAAGUGGAGUUAAUUAUUUAUAUUUAUUUAUUUAUUUAUUUAUUUGACUUAAAAAAAAGAAUGUAUCUGAUGCUUCAUUGAGAAGAAUGAAAACCGGCGUGACUUUACAGUAGCACAUUAGAUUUACUACUGAAUCAUUGUCCAUCUAGUGUGUGUGUGUGUGUGUGUGUGUGUGUAAGGAUUAGAGCAGCUUUAGUGCUGUAUAAAUAACAGACAUUGAUGUGAUUCACGACUCGUCAGAUAGUUUCACACUAAAAGCUGAGAAAUGUUUAACAGCACAGGCGUGUGUUUGCUCAGCUAACGGCUCUGCUGACUCUUUGUUCCUUCUUUGCUCCGCUGAUCUGUAAUGGACCUUCAGUGAGCCGUCAAUCACGCGAGAUUGUGUGGAGUAGUCUGUGGAAGAGGAACGUCAUUUCUCCAUUCAGCUUCUGAAACCAGGUUUCAUCAUUCUUCAUGAAUAAAUAUCAUGCGUUAGUCAUGUCAUAACUAAUAAACACUGUGUGUGUGUGUGUGUGUGUGUGUGUGUGUGUGUGUGUGUGUGUGUGUGUGUGUGUGUGUUUGCAGGGUCAAGAGGUUCUUCAUUUUCUUUGGCAGUAAAAUGUGACCUGCUAAUGUAUUGCUGUCCAAUCAGCUGGUUGGGAACCCUGGCAAGCCCCACCCACUUUCCCCUCUUUCUUUACUCGUCUGUUUUGCGAGUACGUGUAUAAAUUUGUUCAGCACACUGCCGGAUUUUACAAGGCCAGAACGAACCCUGAAGAUGUUCAGCAAUAGUUUCAUGAAGAAGGAGGUUCCUCUGUCCGUCUGUGCACAGGUUCUGUUAUUCUGUGCAGUGAUGUGUGUGAGACAGAGAGGAGAACCGUGUUCACAAACCAAGCCGUGCCAGAAGGGGCUACGCUGUCGCUACAUGGGAGGAAACGGGAACAGAACCAGAACAGUGUGUGCUGCUCCUGAUGCAGACUCCUGUGUACUGGGAAACUCUGUGUACCACAGCGGCGAGACGUUCUUCCCGAGCUGCAGAUACCAGUGUGUAUGUCACGGUGGGCAGAUCAGCUGCGUCCCCCGCUGUAACCUGGAUGUGAUGCUCCCGGGUCCAGACUGUCCGUUCCCACGUAAGGUGCAGGUUCUAGGAGAAUGCUGUGAGAAGUGGGUGUGUGAUGCACAGGCCGAGGUCAGCGUGCUGGGGGCCUUCGCCAUGGCGGCAUACAGACAGGAGGAGACGUUGGGCUUCGAUCCCAGCAUGGAGUGCAUGGAGCAGUCAACAGAGUGGAGCGCGUGUUCCCGUUCCUGUGGAAUGGGCGUGUCCAUACGGGUGACCAAUCAGAACCGGCGCUGUGAGAUGGUGAAACAGAGCCGCUUGUGUAUGGUGCGUCCCUGCGACGCCACCAAAGAGCAAGCAGACCCUCAGGAAGUCGGGACGUGUCUCAGGACCACGCAGAGCCCCGAACCCGUCCACUUCACCUUCAGGAACUGCUCGAGCGUGCAGGCAUUUCGUCCUCGUUUCUGCGGCCGCUGCUCAGACGGUCGCUGCUGUACGCCCCACGCCACCAAAACGGCACCGGUGACGUUCCGCUGCCCGGACGGAUCCACGCUCAAGAGACCCGUCAUGUUCAUCCGUACGUGUGCGUGCCACCGUAACUGCCCAGCGAAGGAUAACGUACCACAGCGCGGACCCGAGACCGACCACGCCUCCGUCCUCACCCACUGAAGUCAUGUGGAGAACAAACAUGGAGACGCUUUUACUGCUUUGACCGAGCCUAACUCUGGCAGGAGCGAUGAGAUGACCUGAGUGGGGUUUCAUAUAAAAGCCCCAAGAAAACAGCUGAUAAACAAAAAUGACUUACGGUCAUUUUUACGGUCAUGACUUACGUAUUUCUUACUAAUUCAAGAAUUAUUUGGCUUAGAGGUUUGCGUUAAAUUAGCUGCAUGGAUCAGUAGCUUAACUGUUUAAAAAACAACCGUAAAUAACGACAGUUUAGUGUUAUUUUAUUCUGAUUGUAAAACUCCACAAAGGCUUUGUAUUUUUAUUUAUUCAAUUUUUUGUGCAGAAGUUAUAAAA